CCGGGCCGCCGCAGCCAGGGCCAUGCCGCACGGCCGCUGACCACGCAGGGGCGGCCCAGAGGACACAUGCCGCAGCUGCCGCCUCGCCUCUGAUCCUCUGCCCUGCGUUCCCCAUGUUGCAUUUCACAUCAGUUUCUCGGGUGGUGUAGCUGCCGCCGCCAGAAGAGCAGGCAGGACGUUGCUCUGCUCGUUCAUCAAGCCACACUUUGCUUUUCCAUUUUUUCCCCUUCCCUCUUCAUCUCCUUCUCCCUUGCCCUGCCUGCUUUGCAUCCAUCUCCCUGUCCUGUGACGCCCCUCCUGCCUCCAUCUACCAGGGCUAUGGCCGCAGAAGAGGUGUUGCAGACGGUGGACCAUUAUAAGGCUGAGAUAGAGAGACUGACCAAGGAGCUCACAGAGACGACCCAUGAGAAGAUCCAGGCUGCUGAAUACGGGCUGGUGGUCCUGGAAGAGAAGCUGACUCUCAAGCAGCAGUAUGAUGAGCUGGAGGCUGAGUACGACGGCCUCAAACAGGAGCUGGAGCAGCUGAAAGAGGCCUUUGGGCAGUCCUUCUCCAUCCACCGUAAAGUCGCUGAGGAUGGAGAGACGCGGGAGGAGACGCUUCUGCAGGAGUCGGCCUCGAAGGAAGCUUACUACCUGGGGAAGAUCUUGGAGAUGCAGAACGAACUGAAGCAGAGCCGGGCCGUGGUCACUAACGUGCAGGCGGAAAACGAGAGGCUCACGGCCGUCGUGCAGGACCUGAAGGAGAACAAUGAAAUGGUGGAGCUGCAGAGAAUACGGAUGAAGGAUGAAAUAAGAGAAUAUAAAUUCCGAGAGGCCCGCCUCCUUCAGGACUAUACUGAGCUGGAAGAAGAAAAUAUCACGUUGCAGAAACUCGUGUCCACGUUAAAGCAGAACCAGGUUGAAUACGAAGGCUUAAAGCAUGAGAUUAAGCGAUUUGAGGAGGAGACUGUGCUACUGAACAGCCAGCUGGAAGAUGCCAUCCGUUUGAAGGAGAUCGCUGAGCACCAGCUGGAAGAAGCCCUAGAGACCUUGAAAAAUGAAAGGGAACAAAAGAACAACCUGCGGAAGGAGCUCUCCCAGUACAUCACCCUCAAUGAUAACCAUAUCAGCAUCUCAGUGGAUGGACUCAAGUUUGCCGAGGACGGAAGUGAACCAAACAACGAUGACAAAAUGAACGGGCAUAUCCAUGGGCCUCUUGUGAAACUGAAUGGAGACUAUCGGACUCCCACUUUAAGGAAAGGAGAGUCUCUACACCCCGUUUCUGACUUAUUCAGUGAGCUGAACAUUUCAGAAAUACAGAAACUGAAGCAGCAGCUUAUGCAGGUAGAGCGGGAAAAGGCCAUUCUUCUGGCCAAUCUCCAGGAGUCACAGACGCAGCUGGAACACACCAAGGGGGCGCUGACGGAGCAGCACGAACGGGUGCACCGGCUCACGGAGCACGUUAAUGCCAUGAGGGGCCUACAGAGCAGCAAGGAGCUCAAGCCUGAGCUAGAUGGGGAGAAGGGCCGGGACUCAGGGGAAGAGGCGCAUGACUAUGAGGUGGACAUCAAUGGCUUAGAGAUCCUUGAGUGCAAAUACAGGGUGGCAGUAACUGAGGUGAUCGAUUUGAAAGCUGAAAUUAAAGCCUUAAAAGAGAAAUACAAUAAAUCUGUGGAAAACUAUACUGAAGAGAAGACCAAGUAUGAAAGUAAGAUCCAAAUGUAUGAUGAGCAGGUGACAAGCCUUGAGAAGACCACCAAGGAGAGUGGAGAGAAAAUGGCUCAUAUGGAGAAGGAAUUGCAAAAGAUGACCAGCAUAGCCAACGAAAAUCACAAUACCCUUAAUACAGCUCAGGAUGAGUUGGUGACAUUUAGUGAGGAACUAGCUCAGCUCUACCACCAUGUAUGUCUGUGUAAUAAUGAAACCCCCAACAGGGUCAUGCUGGACUACUAUAGGCAAAGCAGAGUUACCCGUAGUGGCAGCUUGAAAGGGCCUGAUGAUCCCAGGGGACUUUUGUCUCCACGGUUAGCCAGGCGGGGUGCAUCAUCCCCAGUAGAAACAAGGACCUCCUCUGAACCAGUUACAAAAGAAAACACAGAGGCCAGCAAGGAACCAAGUCCAACCAAGACCCCCACCAUCUCUCCUGUUAUUACUGCCCCACCAUCAUCUCCAGUAUUAGAUACAAGUGACAUCCGCAAAGAGCCAAUGAAUAUCUACAACCUUAACGCCAUUAUCCGGGACCAAAUCAAGCAUCUGCAGAAAGCCGUGGACCGGUCCCUGCAACUGUCUCGUCAAAGAGCAGCAGCACGGGAGCUGGCCCCCAUGAUUGAUAAAGACAAGGAAGCCUUAAUGGAAGAGUUCCUCAAGCUCAAGUCCCUGCUGAGCACCAAGCGGGAGCAGAUCGCCACGCUGAGGGCAGUGCUGAAGGCCAACAAGCAGACAGCUGAGGUGGCACUAGCUAAUCUCAAGAACAAAUAUGAAAAUGAGAAAGCAAUGGUGACUGAAACGAUGACAAAGCUUAGAAAUGAACUGAAGGCUUUGAAAGAAGAUGCAGCAACUUUCUCAUCGCUGAGAGCAAUGUUUGCAACAAGAUGUGAUGAAUAUGUCACGCAGUUGGAUGAGAUGCAGAGACAGUUAGCAGCCGCAGAGGACGAGAAGAAGACUCUAAAUACUUUGUUACGAAUGGCUAUCCAGCAAAAACUCGCCCUGACCCAGAGGCUGGAGGACUUAGAGUUUGACCAUGAGCAGUCCCGACGCAGCAAAGGCAAAUUUGGAAAGAGCAAGAUCGGCAGCCCUAAAGUAAGUGGGGAGGCAUCAGUCACCGUGCCCACCAUAGACACUUACCUCCUGCGUAGGCAGGGCCCACAGACACCCGACAUUCGGGUCAGCAGUGGCACUCAGAGGAAAAGACAAUUUUCACCUUCCCUUUGUGAUCAGAGCCGUCCCAGGACUCCAGGGGCUUCCUACCUACAGAAUUUAUUAAGAGUCCCCCCUGAUCCCACCUCCACAGAAUCAUUUCUUCUGAAGGGCCCCCCUUCCAUGAGUGAAUUCCUUCAAGGGCACCGGCUCAGCAAGGAAAAAAGGUUAACCGUGGCUCCACCAGAUUGUCAGCAGCCUGCUGCCUCCGUACCGCCACAGUGCUCACAACUAGCCGGGAGGCAAGACGGCCCAACCGUCAGUCCUGACCUAGCUCUCCCUGACGAGCAGCCACAUUCCAGCUCACAGUGCGCCCCUCUCCACUGUCUCUCCAAGCCUCCUCACCCCUAGUCUCCAUCUCCCGCGGACGAAACUCUGGGGCGAACGUUUUGUAGCCACACACAGGAUACUGCCCAAGAUCCAACCGGUGUUUUCUUCUCAGUUGCUAAAUGUGCGAUGGGAGUAAUGCCUGUCACUUUGGAAGAUGAAAGAAAGUUAAGAAGAAUAACACAAAGCACAGACUCUGGCGUGAUAAAACAUUUUAUGGUUUCUCUAAGUCAUAGAUAAACUUCUGCAAUGAAAUGGCUACAGUCAAUUGGAUAAUAAACAAAACAAAACUGGACACAUGUAUCUCAGAUGACUGGCUUUAUCUCGAUAAUGUAGAGAGACCUAAGACCAUGUAAAAUACAUAUAUUGUAAAAUCAUCUUUCCUCAUAUGUCACAUUCAACUAUAAAAGUUGAUUCUAACAUUUUCAUCAUUGAU